AUGGCGACUAGAACCCAGUUUGAAAACUCGAACGAGGUGGGUGUUUUUUCCAAACUGACCAACUCGUACUGUUUGGUUACCGUGGGAGGCUCUGAGAACUUUUACUCGGCGUUCGAGGCCGAGCUUGGCGAUGCCAUCCCUAUCGUGCACACUACCAUCGCUGGUACCCGUAUUGUGGGUAGAAUGUGUGCAGGCAACCGUAGAGGCUUGCUAGUGCCCACACAGACCACGGACCAGGAGCUACAUCAUCUAAGAAACAGUUUGCCGGACAGCGUGAAGAUCCAGAGAGUGGAAGAGCGUCUAUCGGCGCUGGGCAACGUGAUCUGUUGUAACGACUACGUGGCUCUUGUGCAUCCCGACAUCGACCGUGAAACGGAGGAGCUGAUUGCCGAUGUUUUGGGCGUGGAGGUUUUCCGUCAGACCAUAUCGGGAAACGUGCUGGUGGGCUCGUACUGUUCGCUCAGCAACCAAGGUGGUCUGGUGCACCCACAAACCACGGUCCAGGACCAAGAAGAACUUUCGUCGCUGCUGCAAGUGCCGUUGGUGGCCGGAACCGUGAAUCGCGGUUCUGCGGUCGUGGGCGCGGGCAUGGUGGUGAACGACUACUUGGCCGUGACCGGUCUGGACACCACUGCUCCAGAGCUCAGUGUUAUCGAGAGUAUUUUCCGUCUGCAGGAUGCCCAGCCAGAUUCGAUCUCUGGCAACCUGCGUGACACCUUGAUCGAGACCUACUCUUGA